GGAUCCAUCUGUCUCUAAGUCUAUAGAACGAAUUUUUAAAAUCUGGGAAGAGAGAAAUGUAUAUCCAGAAGAAACAAUUGUGGUACUAAAAGAAGCUUUGAGUACCACUUUCAAAACUCAGAAGCAGCUGAAAGAAAAUCUGAACAAACAACCGAAUAAGCUGUGGAAGAAAUCACAAACAUCCACCAACCCUAAAGCUGCCCUCAAGUCUAAGAUAGUCGCCGAAUUUCGAUCCCAGGCUCUCAUUGAUGAACUUCUGCUGUAUAAGCGUUCUGAAGACCAGAUUGAACUGAAGGAGAAGCAGCUGGCCACUAUGAGAGUAGAUGUAUGCAGUACAGAGACACUCAAAUGCUUAAAAGAUAAAACUGGUGGGAAAAAGUUUUCCAAAGAAUUUGAAGAAGCAAGCUCCAAGCUGGAAGAAUUUGUGAAUGGCUUAGAUAAACAGGUGAAAAAUGGGCCUUCACUGACAGAGGCACUAGAGAAUGCUGGAAUUUUCUAUGAAGCUCAAUAUAAGGAAGUCAAAGUGGUGGCCAAUGCAUAUAAAACCUUUGCUAACAGAGUAAACAAUUUAAAGAAGAAACUGGAUCAGCUCAAGUCAACCCUACCUGACCCUGAAGAAUCUCCAGUCCCUUCACCAAGCAUGGAUGCUCCCUCACCAACUGGUUCUGAGUCUCCUUUCCAAGGAAUGGGAGGAGAGGAGUCCCAAUCACCAGCUGUAGAGAGUGAAAAGUCAGCCACACCUGAGCCAGCUACAGAUAACCGAGAUGUAGAGGACAUGGAACUCUCCGAUGUAGAAGAUGAUACGUCAAAAAUCAUUGUGGAAGACAGGAAGGAAAAGCCUCUUGAAAAGCCAGCUCUCUCCACAUCUGCACCAACUAAACUAACAGAAAGUGUCCCAAAGGCAGCACCGUGUACCACAGCUGCUGUGGCUGUGACAUCAACUCCGCCACCACCAAAACCCAUGAGCACGUCAGUUCUUCCUCCUUCUCCUGCCCUGGCUUUGCCAAAUCUAGCCAAUGUGGAUCUGGCAAAGAUCAGUUCCAUCCUUAGCAGUCUAACAUCUGUCAUGAAGAAUACAGGGGUCAGUCCUGCAUCUAGACCAUCUCCAGGCACUCCUACAAGUCCCACGCACCUCCCCAGCAACCUGAAAGCACCUGUGCCUACUACAACAACAUCUCACAAUCCUCUGGCCAACAUCCUCUCAAAGGUGGAAAUCACCCCAGAGAGUAUUCUCUCUGCCCUUUCCAAAACCCAGACACAGGCAGCCCCUGCACUGCAAGGCCUGUCAUCCUUACUUCAGAGUGUUACUGGGAACCCAGUUGCUUCAAGUGAAGCUGCAUCCCAAAGCACUUCAUCUUCCCCAGCCAACACCACCAUCUCCAGCAUGAAAGGGAGGAAUCUACCCUCCAAUACACAAUCCUUUAUGCCUAAAAGCUUUAGCUACUCUCCCAACUCUUCAACUUCCGAAGUUUCUUCAACUUCCGUUAGCAAGGCCCCAGUAGGACAUAGCCCAGGGCUCCCAAGCUCAAGUUUUAAGCCACCAUCUAAUUCCCUGGGAUUUACCGCUUCCCACAAUGCGAAUCCUGCUAUUCCAUCCACAGAACCUGCUCUGGGGCAGUCUUCUGAGAUUCCUAAGCCAAAGCUAGAGUCCGAGCCCACCUCCCCAAGCCUAGAGAUGAAGAUCCAUAACUUUUUGAAAGGUAACCCUGGUUUCAGUGGGUUAAACCUAAACAUCCCAAUCCUCAGCAGCUUGGGGGCCACCGUUCCAGCCGAGAGCCAUCCAUCUGACUUCCAGCGAGGCCCAACAAGCACUUCCAUGGACAACAUCGAUGGAACCCCCGUUCGAGAUGAGCGGAGCGGGACUCCUACCCAAGACGAGAUGAUGGACAAGCCGACAUCCAGCAACGUGGACACCAUGUCCUUGUUGUCCAAGAUCAUCAGUCCCGGCUCUUCGACACCCAGCAGUACGAGGUCACCGCCCCCAGGAAGGGAAGACAGCUAUUCCCAAGAGCUGUCUAACUCCGUGUCUUCCUAUCGGCCUUUUGGCCUCGGCAGCGAAUCCCCCUACAAGCAACCUCCUGAUGGAAUGGAGAGGCCGUCCUCCCUCAUGGACUCCCCCCAGGAAAAGUUCUACCCGGAUACCUCUUUCCAGGAGGAUGAGGAUUACAGAGAUUUUGAAUACUCGGGCCCCCCUCCAUCAGCCAUGAUGAAUCUUGAGAAGAAGCCGGCUAAGUCAAUCCUAAAAGCGAGCAAGCUUUCUGACAGCGCCGAGUACCAGCCCAUCCUGUCCAGCUACAGCCACAGGACCCAGGAGUUUGGCGUGAAGUCCGCCUUCCCUCCAGCAAUGAGGGCCCUUCUGGACCCGAGCGAGGGCUGUGACCGGCUCUCCUCCUCCCCCGGCCUGUACGGCGCCUACGGCCUGAGAGGGAGCGAGUCCGGGUCAGACCGGUCGCCGUCCCCCAGUAAGAACGACUCCUUUUUCUCCGCGGAUUCCAACCACAAUAGCCUUUCCCAGUCCGCCGCCGCCCAUCUCGGCCUGGCCCAGAAGCAGUACCCCGACUCUCCUCACUCGCUGCCGCACCGAGCCCUUUUCUCUCCGCAGAGCGCCCUGGCCGCUCCCUCGGGCCGGCCCGCCGCCGCUGCCGCCGUGGACAAGGUCCUGGCCUCCAGCAUCUCCACCACUUCCACCAUGGAGUUUAAGAACAUGCUUAAAAACGCCUCGCGGAAGUCGUCGGACGACAAGCAUUUCAGCCAGGCCCCGGGCAAGGGCAGUGCGGGCGAAGGUGGCGGCCUGGCCGGCUUGAGUUCGGGCGACCAGCAGCCGCCGCAGCCGCAGCAGCCGCCGCAGCCGCAGCAGCCACCACAGCCGCAGCAGCCGCCGGCGCCGGCGCCCGAGGAGCACUACCGCAUCGAGACGCGUGUCUCUUCUUCCUGCCUAGACUUACCUGACAGUACUGAGGAGAAGGGGGCCCCCAUAGAGACGCUGGGCUACCAUAACGCCUCCAACAGGAGGAUGUCAGGGGAGCCCAUCCAGACGGUAGAGUCCAUCCGGGUGCUGGGGAAAGGGAAUAGAGGACACGGGCGCGAGCCCUCCAGGGUGGGGUGGUUCGAGCUGAGCCCUUCGGGCGCCUCCUUCGACAACGGCCCCUCCAGCGCCUCGGAGCUGGCCCCCCUCGGGGGUGGGGGCGGGGCGGGCCUCCCUGGCUUCAAGGCGGCGCCGUACAAGGAGCGGGCGCCCUCGUUUCAGGAAAGUGUCAGCUUUCGCUCCAGCAACUUCAACUCUACUUUUGAACACCAUCUCCCCCCUCCUCCCUUGGAGCACGGGGCACCCUUCCAGAGAGAGCCUCUGGGGCCGUCCUCGGCGCCCCCGGGCUCCUCUAAGGAGCACGGUGGGCUCUUCUCUCGGGAUACUCCCAGCCACCUGUCCUCUGUGGAUCUCUCGAACCCCUUCACAAAGGAAGCCACCCUAGGCCACGGUGCCCCGCCCCCUCCCCCUGGGGAUCAUAGUGGGGUUCCCUUCUCCACCCCACCCCCUCCUCCUCCCCCCGGGGAGCACAGCAGCGGUGGUGGCAGUGGCGUCCCUUUCUCCAGCCCUCCCCCUCCUCCUCCCCCUGUUGACCACUCCGGGGUGGUCUCCUUCCAAGCCCCACCCCUGGCGGAGCACAGCGGAGUGCAGGGGCCCGUGGCGGUGUUCUCCAAGGAGCAUAGCUCCCUCCUCCAAGGGAACCUGGCUGAGCAUUUUGGAGUGCUCCCAGGACCCCGGGACCACGGGGCCCCCACGCAGAGGGACCUCAACGGCCCUGGCCUCAGCCGUGUGCGUGAGAGCCUCAGCCUGCCCACACAUUCUCGGGAACACCUAGGCCCAGGCCACGGAGGAGGUGGGGGGGGCGGCAGCAGCAGUGGCCCUGCCUUGGGUCCCCCACACAGAGACACCAUCAGCCGGAGUGGAAUGAUCUUGCGGAGCCCCCGGCCAGACUUUCGGCCUAGGGAAUCUUUUCUCAACAGAGACCCAUUUCACAGCUUAAAGAGGCCCAGGCCACCUUUUGCUAGGGGCCCUCCGUUCUUUGCACCAAAACGCCCAUUCUUCCCUCCCAGGUACUGAUGGAGACCAAGGGAAAGCAUUUUGAACACUCUAGAGAGCAUUGGAAGUAGGUUUUUUUGGUUUGUGCUUUUGUUUUUGUUUUUUGUUUUUCUUUUCCCUUCCCUCCCCCCCCUUUUUUAUUGUUGUGAUAAAGCCCCUCCCCCUCAUAUCACCUUCCUAAAUUAAAAGAAAUCUCUGCUUGUACCUCCCAACUCCACUAGACUUCCCACCUUACCAACCUGCCACCCUCAUUUAUUUUUGUGGGGUUUUUACAUAUAUAUUUAUAUAUAUAAAUGUGCAUUAUUUAUAUAUAUAAAUGUGUAUACACACACGCAAAGCCAUUCAGUUUGGUUGUGAGUCAUGGGGCAAGCAGAAGAAAAGGAAAACAAAAUCUGUUCUAACCCCAUUUUCUGAAGAGUAUUGCCAUUUAAAUAAAACUUCCAAUAGUACAGAUAAUGA